CUCACGGCAGAGACGCUCACUGUCUCUAAACUUUUGUUCAUCUUGGACGGCCUGGAUGAAAGCAGACUUUCUUUGGACUUCAACCACAGGGAGCUUGUGUCUGAGGUCACACAGAGGUCAUCAGUCAACGUGCUGCUGACAAACCUCAUCCGGGGGAAUCUGCUUCCCUCGGCUCUCGUCUGGAUAACCUCCAGACCUGCGGCGGCCAAUCAGAUCCCUCCUGCAUGUGUCGACAGGGUCACAGAAGUACGAGGCUUCACUGACGCUCAGAAGGAGGAGUACUUCAGGAGGAGAUUCAGUGAUGAAGAGCUGUGCAGCAGAAUCAUCUCACACAUCAAGACGUCCAGGAGCCUCCACAUCAUGUGUCAAAUCCCAGUCUUCUGCUGGAUCAGUGCUACCGUUCUGGAGCACAUGUUGACCACAGUCCAGAGAGGAGAGCUGCCCAAGACCCUGACUGACCUGUACUCACACUUCCUGCUGGUUCAGACAAAGAGGAAGAACAACAAGUACGGUGAGGGACAUGAGACGACUCCACAGCAGCUGACGGAGGCUGACAGGGACGUUCUCCUGAAGCUGGGGAGGCUGGCACUUAAACACCUGGAGAAAGGAAACAUCAUGUUCUACCAAGAAGACCUGGAGCGAUGUGGUCUUAAUGUCACAGAGGCCUCGGUGUACUCAGGAGUUUGUACUGAGAUCUUCAGAAGAGAGUGUGUGAUCUUCCAGAAAUCAGUCUACUGCUUUGUUCAUCUGAGCGUUCAGGAGUUUCUGGCUGCAGUCUACAUGUUCCACUGUUACACCAAGAGGAACACAGAAGAACUCAACAACUUCUUGGGAACAUGUUGGAACACAGACAGUACCUUCUCCCUGGAUAAACUCCUGAAGAGAACCAUGAAGAAAUCCCUCACCAGUACAAAUGGUCAUCUGGACCUGUUUGUAUGCUUCCUUCACGGCCUCAGUCUGGAGUCCAACCAGAGAGUCUUAGGAGGCCUGCUGGGUCGGACAGAGAACAAUCCAAAGAUCAUCCAGAGAGUCAUCAACAACCUGAAGGAGAUGCAGAGUGAUGACAUAUCUCCUGACAGAAGCAUCAACAUCUUCCACUGUCUGACUGAGAUGAACGACCACUCAGUUCAUCAGCAGAUGCAACAGUUCCUGAUGUCAGAGAACAAAUCAAAGAAGAAACUCUCUGAGAUCCACUGCUCAGCUCUGGCCUACAUGCUGCAGAUGUCAGAGGAGGUUCUGGAUGAGUUGGACCUGAAGAAGUUCAACACAUCAGACCAGGGUCGACUGAGACUGAUCCCAGCUGUGAGGAACUGCAGG